GAAAAAAAUAGAUGAACAAAAAAGGCUUAAGGAAUUUUUCCUCAUUGGAAGUGGAUUGAGUUGGGCUUCGAACGACGUCUCCACAACGACGCCACCAUCCCAACAACGGAGUAGGUGGCGACGACGAUAAAAAUGUCUUUGAAGUAUUGAACGAAGCUACCAUCCCAACAACGAACAGGUGCCGACGACAAUAAUGAUGAUGUCUUAUUGUCAUUAUUAAUAGCAAGUCUAAAAAGCAUCUAAAAUAAAGCCCAUCCAUUAAUAAUAAUGGGGGUUAAAAUCCUAGAGAGGCCCAACCAUUAAUAAAGCCCAUUCAAAUCAAUUCUUUCAGCAGAGAUAGAUCUAUCUCCGUGUCAUCUCCUUGAGCUAAAGUCGCUCAUCCGUCGUGUUCACAGCAUAUGAAGGCGGCAAUUAUAUCAUCUCCCGUCAUCUUCUUCAUGCCGCAGGUACGAGUAUAUCAGAAACAAAGCAGAUCCCCAUCUGGCCAAGAAUUAGUUUCGAGCUUGGCAAGACCUUCUUCUUCGAUGAACCGGAGCAAAGCCAUGGAUCUGCUCCUUCCUCUUCAACGGACGCGCAUGUAAUAAAAAGAAAUCAGCAGCCGCUUUGCUUCCUUGAAACCUCCGUCCGUGGCAUCAGCAAAGUUCUUGCCGGCGCAUCUCAGGCUGGACGAUUUCAGCAACGACAAUAGCUUUUCUCUCCGCCGAGCGGCAACAAAAGAAAAACAAAAUCAGCCUCAGCGUCUUCUCCAAAUUAUUGGCGUCGACACCAUCUAGCUUCCACAACGGGCCAGUCUUUAGCCACAACAGCUCCGGAAGAAUUCUACUCUGCUACUGGUUGAAAUUCGGAUGAACCAGCAUCAUCUCCGCCGCAUCAACUGAACGAUGGCCAACAUUUCCUCCAAUCACCGACCUCCUUCAACGGUCGCAUCAAUUCAUCAGUCAGGAUCUUCUUCAAGCACCAACUGGCUUCCAGCACGAGCAGCCCGGCAAGAGGCGUCAGCAUCUUUUCCAACACCAACUAGCUUCCAACACGAGCAGUCCUGUAAGAGGCACCAGCGUCUUCUCCAACACCAACUAGCUUCGAUCUGCAUCAGCGGCAAGAACAAGAGCAACCCACUGCAGCUUCGGAAGAAUCUCGCUGCAGGACUCUCUCGCCAGAAAUCAGCAACAAAGCAUCGAACACCGUCUCCCUCUUCGGCAGAAAUUCAAUUGUGAUUUCCCGAUUCUCCUCACACCAAUUUG